AUGAGUCCCUUCUUUGUGGUAUCUCUCCUCCUUGGGCUGAUUUUUGGACAAACAGCAUCACUCUGUGCUCCUUCUGAGUACACAAUCCAUGUGGAGAAAAGGGAAUGUGCCUACUGCCUGGCCAUCAACACCACCAUCUGCGCUGGAUUCUGCAUGACUCGGGACAGCAAUGGCAAGAAGCUGCUCCUCAAGAGUGCUCUGUCCCAGAACGUGUGCACGUACAAAGAGAUGCUGUACCGGACAGCGCUGAUCCCGGGCUGCCCUCACCACACCAUCUCCUACUACUCCUACCCCGUGGCUCUGAGCUGCAAGUGUGGCAAGUGCAACACUGACUACAGUGACUGUGUCCGAGAGAGGCUCAGGACAAACUACUGCACUAAGCCACAGAAACUCUGUAACCUGUAA